ACAGAGUCACUUUCUAUUCAGUAAUAUUGCAAAAUGGAGAAGGGAAACAAGAAACUUGCUCUUUUAGUUGGAUGCAAUUACCCCAACACCAGAAAUGAGCUGCAUGGAUGCAUAAAUGAUGUGUUAGAAAUGAGAGAAGUUCUUGUGAAUCGAUUCAGGUUCGAUCCCAACCAGAUUGAGCUCCUCACCGAUGCACCGGGGUCGUCGGUGAUGCCUACAGGUGCAAACAUUAAAGGUGCACUUGAUAAAAUGGUGAGCAAGGCUGAAGAUGGAGAUGUCUUGUUCUUCCAUUAUAGUGGACAUGGCACAAGGAUUCCUUCUCGGCAACCCGGUCGACCCUUUAGGCAGGAUGAAGCCAUUGUCCCUUGUGACUUCAAUCUCAUCACUGAUGUGGACUUCCGGCAAAUUGUUAACCGUCUGCCAAAGGGUACGAGCUUCACAAUCCUUUCAGAUUCAUGCCACAGCGGUGGGCUUAUUGACAAGGAAAAAGAACAAAUUGGACCUUCUUCAAUCAUUCAGGAGAGUCAAAAACUUUGUUCCUCCAAACCAAAGACCAUCCCUUUCCAAUCCAUACUUGAACAUCUCUCAUCGCUAACGUCAAUAAACACAUCUGAUAUUGGCACUCACUUGCUGGAAUACUUCGGAGCUGAUGCGAGCAUUCGGUUUAGGUUAGCGCCUCAUCAAGAAUCCGAGUUGUUUGAAUUUUUGAAGCCUGAUGAAGGGAUUCUGCUAAGUGGGUGUCAAUCUAAUGAAACUUCUGCAGACAUGAGCCCCAUAGAGGGUGGUGGAAAGGCUUAUGGAGCGUUUAGCAAUGCUGUUCAGAUAGUUUUGAAGGAGCAUUCUGAUCCUUUGAGCAAUAGAGAGGUUGUGAUGAUGGCCAGGAAGAUUUUACAAGAACAGCACGUUGAGCAACAUCCUUGUUUGUAUUGCAGUGAUGAGAAUGCUGAUGCUUGUUUCUUGUUGCAGCCUGAAACUGAAAGUUAGGUCUGCUUGUGUGUUUAUGAGAUGUUCUCAAGUGGUGUGUUUUCUUCUCUAAGAAAUCUCCGAAUAGAAUAAAUGAAGUUGCUCUCUUAUUUACUUUAAUAAUAAAAAUAAUUGUU